GAAAGAAAAAAAGGGAUGCGUUAAUCCUGCGGACACAACUUUCAGUCUCUUGUGCUGGAUCUUCUAAAAUGUUGCCAGUGACUGUUAGGUCCCAUCUUCACGAAAGAGAAGUGGGAGACAGUUCCCUGAUAAGACAGAGUGAAAAAAAGAAACACACAAAACCCAACCUCAAGUCUGACACUCAGUCAAAUUGACACAUUUGUCAUUAUGAUAAACUUUUGUCACCGGUCUUUCAAUAACAUUUGAUUUUGACUUUAUGCGGGCAGAUAAACUACAGCAACCUCUUUGGGUCGAUCGUUUUACCAAUGAACGCCUUUUUACCUUUUUAUUGUAAUAGCCUAAAGUUCCAAUUGACCUUGAGUAUUAAAUAUAAACAACCAUGCGAAAAUUCAAAGUUUAAACAUGACAAUCAAUAUUAAACGUUUUGUCUUUGUCUUCUUGUGUCUUGAAGACGUCAGUGAAGAUUUUGGUCCUGGAAAGCAGGAUCCAGAGUCCAACCACAUUAAGGAGGAAGUGGAAGAUGAAGAGCUCCCCUGCAUUCAAGAAAAAGAGGAUCCAGACCCUCUUCUCAUUAAAAAGGAGGAAGAGCACACUCACAUCAAAGAGGAGCAGGAAGAGCACCUCCUCACCAAGGAUGGAGAAGAAGAGCAUCCCUCCAUCAAAGAGGAGGAGAAGGAGUCUAUUUUCAAGUUGCCAUUGACUGGUGGCCCUUUGAAGAGUGAAGAUGCUGGUCAAAAUGAAGCAUGCGGAGGGGUGGGUCCUCCAUGCGGCACCAUCUCAAGUCAACACGUGACAUCAGAAUGUGAUGGAGGAUCACAAGCAGAUGACCUCUUACCGCCACCGUCAGGUGGUGAUGACAUAACGCAACAUUCUACUGAGACCGGUGAUGAACCGUCUGAAGGUGAUCUGACAUGCGAAAGUGACAAACCCUGGAAAUGUUCUCAAUGCGGGAAUAGUUAUGCUUAUGAGUGCAGUUUGAAGAGGCAUAUGUUUAGCCACACUGGUGAGAAACCUUUUUUGUGCUCAGUUUGUGGCCAGACAUUCUCCCAGAAGGGGACCUUAAAAAUACACACAAGAACUCACACUGGUGAGAAACCUUUUGCCUGCUCAGUUUGUGGUCAAACAUUUGCUCAGAAGGGAACCCUAACAGUACACACAAGAACUCACACUGGUGAGAAACCUUUUGCCUGCUCAGUUUGUGGCCAAAAAUUCUCUCAGAAGGCACACUUAACAGUCCACACAAGAACCCACACUGGUGAGAAACCUUUUACCUGCACAGACUGUGGUCAAGUAUUCUCUAUGAAGGCAAGGUUAAUUCGGCACACAAGAACCCACACGGGUGAGAAACCUUUUGCCUGCACAUCUUGUGGUCAAAGAUUUUCAGAUAAGGGAACCUUAAGACAUCACCGAAGAACCCACGCUGGUGAGAAGCCUUUUUCCUGCACAGACUGUGGCCAAAGAUUCUCUCGGAAGGGAGACUUGGAAGGUCACACAAGAGCCCACACUGGCGAGAAACCUUUUUCCUGCACAGACUGUGGCCGAAAAUUCUCUCACAAGGUAACGUUAAAACGUCAUAAAAGAAGGCACGCUAGUGAGAAACCUUUUGCCUGCUCAUUUUGUAGCCAAAGAUUUUCAGAGCAGACAUCUUUGAGAAAUCAUACAAGAACCCACACUAGUGAGAAGACUUUCCUGCACAGUUUGUGGUCAAAGAUUCUUUCAAAAGGCAUACUUAAAAAUACACACAAGAACCCACACCGGUAAGAAACCAUUUUCCUGCUCAAUUUGUGGCCAAAGCCUGUCAUGAAAGUAUCAAGUUAAGAUUCACAAGUGCGUUGGUGAGGUGAGCCAUCAUCGUUGAAGUUUUGGCUUCUCAUCUGAGCAGGUUUAAUCAAUUCAUGCUCCAAGAGUGACUGAAUUCGAAGGUGCAGCGAAUUGAAAACCAACAAAGUUUGGCCCAAAAUGUGUUAGUUUUUAAAUUUGGUUUUACUUCAGUCAGUUUUC